AUGGGAUGUUGCAGCAGCACGGAGAGUAAACGUGACUGGAGCCCGCUAAAGGAGCGCAGUUGUACGGACAUCCCAUGGCUCAUAAUCUUCACGCUCUUUUGCAUCGGAAUGGUUUGUAUAUGUGGCUUCACCAUUGCCACAGGAGCUGCUUCGCGACUUAUAUCGGGAUAUGACAGCUAUGGCAACAUUUGUGGUCACAACAACACCAAGAUCCAGGAUGUUGAGCUCAGUGGCCGGAACAUGCUUGAAAACAAGUAUGUAUUCUUUCUGGACCCUUGCAACAUUGAUAUCAUAAACAGGAAGAUGAAGAGCAUCGCUUUGUGCGUCACUAAAUGUCCAGCUACUGAACUGAAGACCUACUAUGAUUUAAAGCAGUUUGCCCAGAAUAAUGGAUCUGCACUUUGCACCUAUGAUAUUAGUCCAGGAAGAUACCCGGGCCAUUCGGAAAGAUUCACCAAAUGUCCCAAGCUCCCGGUUGCCCCAAGUAAAUCAGUACCACUGUUUCGCCGUUGCAUACCAGCAGACAUCAGCUGUUACGCCGAAUUGGCCCUUUCCUUUUUCACAUUCAUUAGUGACAACAAUGUUUUCCGUCGAGUUGUUGCGGGAGUGAUGGCCAGCAAGGACAUCAUUAUUGGACUUUGUGUGCUGUCUCUAGUUCUUUCCCUGAUCAUGAUGGUCGUCAUCCGUUACAUCUCUAAAGUCCUGGUGUGGAUUCUCACUAUUCUAGUUGUCAUUGGCACUCUAGGAGGUACAGGCGUCCUCUGGUGGCUUUAUGUGGAUCACAGGAACGCCCUCAAUAACAACACCGCCUCUGUCUUUGGGAAAGAAGUGGCAGCCGAUAAUGUGAAGGCGCUCCUCGUGUACGCCAUUUGUGCUACUGUUUUCACGGUGGUUCUCCUGCUGAUCAUGAUCUUCUUGAGGAAGCGUGUGGCUCUCACAAUUUCUCUGUUCCACGUGGCUGGAAAAGUGUUUAUCCACAUUCCCUUGCUGGUCCUGCAGCCCUUCUGGACCUUCCUCUGCCUCAUGCUCUUCUGGGUGUAUUGGCUGGCCGUUUUUCUCCUCCUCGGACUUUCAGGAAGUCCAGUGAAGAACAACUCCACAAAUGUGGUGGAGUAUCCAAUGAACGGACCUGCUCAGUACUUGGUCUGGUAUCAUGCAGUAGGUCUCAUCUGGAUCAGCGAGUUUAUCCUCGCCUUCCAGCAGAUGACUAUCGCCGGUGCUGUGGUCACGUACUACUUCACACGGAAUAAAUCCAACAUGCCAUCCACUCCCAUCUUAUCCGCAAUGUUUCGUACCUUCCGCUACCACCUUGGUACUCUGGCUAAAGGCUCCUUCAUCAUCACGCUGGUCAAGAUUCCUCGUCUCAUCCUGACAUACAUUCACAGUCAACUCAAGGGAAAAGAAAAUGCGUGUGCUCGCUGCAUGCUAAAAUCAUGCGUGUGCUGCUUAUGGUGUUUGGAGAAGUGUCUGGCAUACUUAAAUCAAAAUGCAUAUACAGCCACAGCCAUCAACAGUACCAGUUUCUGCACAUCAGCCCGCGACGCUUUUGUAAUCCUGGUGGAGAAUGCAGUGCGAGUCGCUACCAUCAACACUGUGGGUGACUUUGUCCUCUUUUUGGGAAAGGUGCUCAUCGUGGCCUGCACGGCGUUUGCCGGUGUGCUGGCGUUGAACUACCAGCGCGAGUACACCGUGUGGGUCCUUCCUCUCCUCAUCGUGUGUGUGUUUGCCUACAUGGUGGCCCACUGUUUUCUCUCAGUCUUCGAGAACGUAGUGGACGUCCUCUUCCUCUGCUUUGCCGUCGACAGCAAGUACAACGAUGGCAGCGCCGGUCGAGAGUACUUCAUGGACAAGACCUUAAUGGAGUAUGUUGAGAACAGUAGGAAAAGUGGCCGUUACAAGCCAGAGGAUGGAAGUGGACGAGAAAUGAAGCCCAUGGUGAGUAACAAAGAUGUUGCUCUGCUGCAAGUGUACGUGAGGUAA